AUGUCUACGGUCAACGUCCUACAACCCAUCACCCUCGCCAUCACCCUCAUCGCCGCAGUGGGGCUUGCCUCAUUCGUGCGCCCUUACCUCCGUACGCGCACUCUGGCAAGCAAACUGCCCCCCGGGCCUCCCAGCCACUGGCUCAUCGGCAACCAGCAGCCCCCGCCGUACGCCCAUCGAUACUACACCGAGCUCGCGAAGACGUACGGCCCCGUCUUCACCCUGCGCUAUGGCUCUCGCAUCGUCUGCGUGAUUGCCGGGCACCAGGCCGCGCUCGACAUCAUGGUCCAGCAGGCGCCCGCCCUCGCGGACCGCCCCCGGCACGUCGCCGCCGACGAGCUCGUCUCGCGCGGGAUGCGCGUGCUGCUCGUCGGCGCGGGUGCGCGUCUGCGCCGGCUGCGCGCCGCCCUGCACGCCGCGCUGCAGCCGGCGAGCGCGCCGCGGUACGAGCGCGUGCAGGGGAAGGCGGCGCGGCAGUUCGUGCGGGACGUCGCGGAGGACCCCGCGCGGUUCGCGGAGCACGCCCGACGGUACGCGGCGACGGUGAUCCUGACGGUCACGUACGGGAAGACGACCCCGACGUCGUACGGGGACAUGAUCGUGCAGGAGAUCAACCGGAACGCCGAGCGGUUGAUGAAGGCCCUCGUCCCCGGGGCCUACCUCGUCGACUCGUACCCGAUCCUCAAGCACGUCCCGGGCUUCACGUCCGAGCUCGACCGGUUCCACAGGGAAGAGCUCGACCUGUACACGCGGCAGGUGGACACCGUGCGGCGCAAAGUGACGGCGAACAGUGUGCAACCGUGCUUCGUGACGUACCUUCUCGAUAACCAGGAGAAGAUGGAGCUCUCGGACGACGAGCUCGCGUACCUCGCCGGUUCGAUGUUCGGCGCAGGAUCAGAUACGACGGCCGGGGUCCUGACUUACAUGGUGAUGGCCGCCGCGCUCUACCCUGACGCCCAGCGCUGGGUUCAGAACAAGCUGGAUGCCGUGGUCGGCCGCGAUCGAGCACCAACGUUCUCAGACCAAGACCGGCUGCCUGAAAUCUGGGCAUUCGCGGAGGAACUGUACCGAUGGCGCCCGCUGGCACCGCAGGGGUUUACGCACAGAGCGACUCAAGACGUGGUCUGGAAGGACUAUGUUAUUCCCGCCGGCGCAGAGGUCGUGGGAUGCCACUGGGCCAUCGGUCGGGACGAAGAGGUCUUCGACGAUCCAGAAGAGUUCCGUCCAGAGCGUUGGCUCGAUGCGAAGGGACAGAUGCGAGACGACAUCAGGUCGUUCAACUUCGGGUUCGGGCGACGGGUGUGCCCCGGACAACACCUCGCGGAGAGGUCUGUCUUCAUCAACCUCGCGCUGGCGCUCUGGGCGUUCGAGAUUUCGGAAGACCCGACGCGCCCGAUCGAUUCGCUGGCGGUCGCGGAUGCAGCGCUUUCUCACCCGCUGCCGUUCGCUGCUCAGUUUAAGCCCAGGGUGGCGAGCUUGACACAGAAGUUGUCUGCGUUGGAUGUCGACGACGGGUAG